CCUUCCAACGGAAAACCGGCCACCCGCUGAACGGAACGAACGAGCGGCAUGUCAGAGUCGACUCGAACGGCAGCUGCAAUUCGGCGCUUUCGAAUUUUCGAAUGCGACAGAAGCCGUUACGUUUGGCAGGGCGGGAUACUACGUGUUUUGCAUCGCGCUUCACAAUUCGUACUCUACUCCCCAGAUGCGUGACUCGCACGCCUGACCGUGUUGUGUUUAUACUAUAUAUUUAUUCAUUAUUUUGGUGCCUAAACUUAUAGACUGUGCGAGACAAAAGUGAAUGAAAGAUACAGUCCCCGCUUGGAGCGAGUGUAAAACGUGGGUUUCUCUUUUUUCCCUCUUUUUUUGGCGCCAACGAGAAAACAAAUGAAUUCACGGCCGAGAAAGUGUCAAGUCGAAAAGUCGUCCGGCAAGGAAAAGCGCAACGAAAGAUAGUACAAAAAAACAUUAAAAAACUGGCUUACAUGCGACAAUAAUUUCUUCGCUUCUAUCAUAAUAACGCUUCAUCUAUGGAACGCUGUCGUAACAUGUCACGAGCGAACAAUACCUCGGGGGAGAGUGCGAAGCAGCACGGUUUUUGCAAUGCUAUCUUCUCUGCGCCUGUUAAUUUCAACAAAGAGAAUAACCCACCCUCGUUUAAGGCUAGUGAUACUCCGACCAAUGUGUCCGGAAAUACGAGCCGGGGUUCGCCCACAUGCAAGAGGAAUCUUAUCAAUUACUUGCCUAUCAACAAGUCCAAGGAGCAGGUGACGAGUAACAAUAAAAAUGUAGGGUUGAAAUCCUACAAUAGGACGCCAAAAAGUUCAAAUAAGAACUUUGUACGGUCGUCCUCAGAUAUAACUGUGUCAAAUCAGAGUCAACUGUCUGCAACUUCAACCAAGUUUCCCUCUGAUGAAAAACUCAAAAGUAGUAAUAAAAAUACUUCCAAUCCCAGACUUUCUGGCGAUAAAACACCAGUUACACACUUUUGUACGCCCAAAAAUUACCAUCCAAGAUCAGCAUCUAAUUCUGCACUCAAGCCAAAACGUUACUUUAGUGAAACUACCUUGCCUCAGACUCCAGAUUGUUAUAAUCCAGUCCAUUUAGAAACCCCUAGAGCUAAAACUGAAAACACCAUGGAAGAACAAACAAAUGCUGAAGGAGAAAAUAGUAAUUUGACUGUAGGCAUUAGAGUAAGACCUUUAAGUUUUAAGGAACAAAUGGAACCAAAGAUUAUGUCUAUUGUUGAUGUUAGUGAACAAAGUGUAAUUGUAGAUUGUGAUACAUCUCAACAUACUUUUUCAUAUGAUCAUUGCUUUAUUUCUCGAAAUGAUCCUACUGCUAGAGGAAGUGCUACCCAAGAAGCUGUGUUCAAUACCAUUGCCCUUCCAUUAGUUCAAAAUGCAUUUGAAGGGUACAAUGUGUGCCUUUUUGCUUAUGGUCAAACAGGAUCUGGUAAAAGUUACAGCAUGAUGGGAGCUGACCUUGUACAAACUGACGAGUCUGAAAUUCAUCCUGGCACUGGCAUCAUACCAAGAUUUUGCCAUGAAAUUUUUUCACGGAUUGCACUGGAUCAUAAAAAUAAAACUACAGUUGAAAUAAGUUAUUUUGAGAUUUACAAUGAAAAAAUACAUGAUUUACUUAUAAGUAAUAGUAAUGGAGCUAAAAGAGCACCGCUGAAAGUUCGAGAGCAUCCUACUUUAGGUCCAUACAUUGUAGAUCUAAGUCAGCACAUUGUUCAGAAUUAUGACGAUUUGAAGGCUUGGCUAAGAGUAGGUAAUUCACAACGUGCCACUGCAGCAACUGGAAUGAAUGAGAAAAGCUCCAGAUCUCACAGUAUUUUUAGUAUAAUUUUGACUCAGACUAAAGAGUCAAAAGCAGUAGCAAACAGUAAAACAGGUGAUGCUAGUCGUCGCAGUAAAAUAAACCUAGUUGAUUUGGCUGGUAGUGAAAGAUUAAGUAGUACAGGAGCUAGUGGAGAAAGGUUGAGAGAAGGCGUAUCUAUCAACAAGUCAUUGUUAACUCUAGGCAAGGUAAUAGGAUCUCUUUCGGAAGGUACAAGUGAAAAAAGACGUAAUUUUGUACCGUAUCGCGAAUCUGUUCUAACGUGGCUUCUCAAGGAGAGUCUCGGUGGCAACUCGCGGACUGCCAUGUUGGCCACCAUAUCACCGGCCAACGUCCACCUGGAGGAGACCCUGGCGACGCUGAGAUACGCCUGCCAGGCGAGAUCCAUCGUCAACCGAGUCCGAGUCAACGAAGAUCCCCACGACAGGACAAUAAGACAAUUGAGAGCCGAAGUGCAGCGUUUGAAGAAUCUGCAAGACGACUACCAGAGAAGAUUAGGACUGUCGUCCAACAAGCUCGAAUCAUCUGAUACGGCGUCGGAUAGCAGCGAGGAGAUAGUCAACAAACAGCGCGAGAUCGAUCAGUUAAAAGAUCAACUGAAAAAAAUGGAAGAGCAACUGUUCUUUAAUCAGAAAUCAUGGGAGGAAAAACUCCGAGAAGCCCAGGAGAAAAAAGCAACGGAGCUUGCGUAUUUGCGCCGUUGCGGCAUAGCCGUCGAACUGGACUAUCAGCGUAAAAAUACUCAACCAUGCUUGAUCAAUCUAGCUGCCGAUCCGAUGCUGUCGGGCACUUUGCUCUAUCUCUUGCCGGUCGGUCGCGUCAAAAUCGGCCGACCAGCGAGACCUGGCACACCCGCCAAACAACUGGAUAUCGUACUGGAUGGGCCACUCGUCAAGCAGCUACACUGCACCAUAGAGAACAAACAUGGGAAAUUGACGUUCUAUCCAGAAAAAGAUGGAGAUAACUAUGUUAAUGGAGAGUUGGUUAAGGGGAGAGUUCGAUUGAAACACGGAGAUCGAUUGGUCAUCGGUGGAAAUCAUUAUUUCAAAGUUAGCAAUCCAGAAGAACAAAAAGAUUUCAAAGGCUCUCAAGAUUCGAUUACUCCAAUUGAUUUUGAUUAUGCUUAUCAAGAAGUUCUCCAAAUACAAGAGGAAAAAUUACGAGCAGAAUUAGAGGAAUCAAAACAAAAAGCCAUGAAAGAAUUGGAAAAUGCAAAACGAGAAGUCGAGAUGCAAUUGGAUUCACAGAAAUUGCAAUAUGAAAAAGAAAUUGAAAAACUUGGCUCAAAUCUCGAAGAGCAGAAACAAGCUCUUGAAGACUUGAAUCGUAAAAAGAUGGAACUCGAGCGCGAAAAAGAUUUGCUAGCAAGUGAAAUUGAAACGAACAAUAAGAUUAGACGAAUUGAAAUAGAAGAUUCCGGAAUCGCUAUUACACCUUAUAGAACCAAUUUUUUGCAAGAACUCGAAGAAAUACUAAACGGAACUACAGCAAACGUCCAUACUGCUUUAAGCAUAAAAACUAGUAUGGAAGCCAUGAAAACAGGUGGUAUCAGUUUGCAUGAAAUACAAUUAUUAGUCAGAGAAGCUACCCAAACGUGUCGUGAAGUCGGUGUAAAUUAUGAAUUUCAUCAGCAACAAAUAGUCGUAGACAAAGGUCUGGAGCCGGUAAUCCGAGUACGCGACAAAGACAACAUGGUCGAGAGUCUUUGGAAGCCGAUGCGCUUCCUAGAUUGGAUGCAUAGGUUACGCGAUCACGAACUCGAGCAUUCAAUCAGAGAGCUUCAAGAUUCCAACGACAAAUGGGAGCCUUUCGAAGACAGCGAUAUAGUUCCCGAUUCUCUUUACGACAGUCGUAUAUCUGUAAAUAUAACACCCGUAAAAAGACAGCUGAACGAAAGUUUAAGUCAAUUUUCCGUCGACGCAUCUUUUCUGGACGAUUCAUUAGCCGAUAAAACGACUGAGUCUAUUGUACAAAAAAGGCGUGAUGACAUGCAUCAAUGCAUCAUUCAAAUGGAACUAGCUUCCAAAACUUUAAAAGGACUUUGUAAUCAAUAUGAAUCUCAAGACGUCAGCUUAAAGGUGUCGAAAGCUCUAUCCAAAAUAGGAGAUACAUUGAAAUAUAUCCAAGAUUCUUUAGAAGAAAAACGUUACGACACAGUCAGUAGCUUUAAUAUCAAUGGUACAGUCGAGACGACUAGCGCUUCUGACUCUACUGGCGAGCAACCGGACAAUAAUACCUCAUUGCACGAGAACUCGACUUCGUGUCGAACGAGCGAUAUGAAUAGCGCAGUGCCAUCUCCCACGAUAAAGUACUUUCCCGACAGCAACGCACCUCAACCAACGAAGUCUAAUUUACGUACCGGAUGUCCAUUUCUAAAAAACGAUGACGCGACCGGAUCGACGAGGUCCGUGCGAUUUGAUUUCAAAUGAAGCAUGACAACAAGUUCGAGUUCUAAUUAGUACUUAGAUAGUUCAAGGGUUCACGCAGACAGAAGUACUCUUUUCAAUGAUAAAAUGUUUUUAUCAUAUAUUUUUUACUCUUCAUUAUAAUUCGUACUGAAUCUCAUAAUCUCAUUUUAAGGACAAAAUGUUUAUAGCUUACCACUACAAGUGAUUAGAUUUUAUCAUUAUUACUAUUAAUAAUAGUAUUAGCUGCUUUUUUACUCUCGAUUUUUAUACUUAAAUAACGUCUUAACUUUACAAAGCGUAAAAAGUGAAUGCAAUAUUUUUAUGUAUUACAUGGCGGAAGUGUUUUUGUAUGUCUUUUUUAUUACAAAAUAACGAUAAGAUUUUAACAUUAUAGCUAUACAGAUAAAAAGAGAUGCAUCACAAGGAUAAAUAUAAAUGGCUUACAGAUAAUUUAAGAUGUUUUAUAACCGAUGAUAAAAAGUUUAAGAAUAAAAACAAGUUCAACGAAA